CACAGAUAGCGCUGCGGAUCGAUCCGACAAAUAUGGCGCGAAAUUUUGAAUCGAAAGCAAGGAUGAGAAGUUGUUCGUUAAUUUAUUACAACUAUGGUGAAUUAUUUUUUUCGUUAUCAUGUAUUAUUUUGUAAGCGUGGAAUAAGAAAUGGAGGGGCGUAUAAUUGCAUUAAUCGAACCGUAAAGAGACGAAUUGAUGCAUAUAACGAGCACGAUUCGUGAUUCACGCGCAUAAUAUCUUUCGAGUAAGGAUCGCUAAGCGGCUAAUUGGAAAAAAAGAUAACGGAUUGGAAAAAAAAAAAAAAAAAAAAACUCAAAGUAUUAUCUCGGAUUGAAAAGAACGAUUGAAGGUUGGGGAAAGCGAUAUAUACUAGAGUCUAAAUAUUAAAAUGGAACGUGUACGUACGUGAAAUAAAAAAUAAUCGCAGUGCUAUAUAAUUGAGGUGCCACAAUAUGGAAGCUAAAUCGUUCGUAUCGUGCGUGGCGGCAAUAACUGUCGCAUUAAUAAUAACGAGUAUAUAUUAUAUUUACGCUAAAUACAAAUUGUCAUAUUGGAAAAGAAGAGGCAUUAAAUCACCACCGAGCCAUAUUAUCUUCGGAAAUAUGAGAGAAUCGAUUUUAUUGAAAAAAACUCCGGGACAAGUGUUGCGAGAUAUUUAUUACAGCGUUGAUGCGGACGAGCCGUUGGUCGGAUGUUACCUAUUCCACAAACCCUUGCUCAUCGUUCGUAGCCUAUCGCUCAUUAAACAAUUUAUGAUUAAAGAUUUUGAGACAUUUCCGAAUCGUGGCUUCGGCGGUAAAAGCGAAGCUGAUCCUCUGGGCUACGUAAGUUUGCUAGGGAUAAGAAAACCUCGUUGGAAAUAUUUACGUGGCAAACUCACGCCCUGCUUGACGGGACAAAAAUUACGUAACAUGCUGCCUCUCAUUAUCGAAUGUUGUCACAAACUUGUCGAUCAUAUCGAAACGCACGAAUUCGCGGAGGAGGCGAAUUCUCAAUAUUUUGAGCUCAAGAGCACCGCUGGUAAAUAUUGCACCGACGUAUUUGCCUCCACCGCUUUUGGCGUUACCACCAAUUCUUUCGAUGAGAACGAAAACGAAUUUUGGCAGGCUGGUCAAAGGGUGCUGGCAGGCUUGAAACGUGGCAUUAUACUAAUCAUUCAUUUCUACCUUCCGGAAUUGAUCCCGAUUACGUCGCUAGUUUCGAAACGACCAGCCCAAUUUUUCAGCCAUGUAUUUUGGGAUUCUUAUAAAACGCGCGAGCGCGUUGGUAACAAAAGAGGCGACCUCGUGGAUUUUCUAAUGGAAUUGAAGAACGGCGUUGUUGAGAAAAAUCCUCACUUCGUAUUCGAUGGUGACAACCUGGUAGCUCAGGCGGUAUCAUUUUACGUUGCUGGAUUUGAGGCAACCUCGACAACGAUAGCUUUCGCUCUGUAUGAUUUGUCGAAAAAUCCUAUUUACGAGGCCCAAGCUUACGAGGAAGUAAUUCGAAUCGCUGCCCACCAAGAAUUUACGAUGGAAAUGUUAAACGAUAUGACAUUUCUGGAUAAAUGUAUAAACGAGAGUCUACGCUUGCACCCGCCUCUCCCAAUGGAGGAUCGAAUUUCCGUACGAGACUACCGAAUUCCGGGCACGGACAUUAUAAUAGAAAAGGGCACGACUAUUUACGUUGCGACUUGUGGCACGAAUACGGAUCCGCGAUUUUUCAAAAAUCCGGAAAUUUUCGAUCCGACAAGGACAGACGCGAACGAUCUUGGAUUUUCGGCGGCGCAUUUGUCCUUCGGCAUAGGCCCGAGAUCCUGCAUAGGGCAACGAUUCGGUCUUGUUAUAACGAAAAUAGCAAUUGCAAUGAUUCUGCGAAAGUACACAUUGAUUUCAAAAACAUCGGGUGAUUGUGAAUUAAACGCAGGCUCAGUUUUUACAACCGCCGUUGAUGGGAUACCGUUGGGUUUGAAAAAAAGGAAUUAAAUCAUUUCAAUGCCGAUUAAUUUGCGUGCAAAACACUCGCGAAAAACGUAUUUCCUCUGUAUUUUCAUUUAUUGCUUGCACGAGGAUCGAUAUUUAGUCGACAAAAUUUUACUGGCUCGCGCUCGUUAACCGAGUAAUUACUGUUGCUACCACGUAUAUAAAUAUCAAAGGGAGCCCCUGCCUUUUUAAAGCGUCGAUUUAAAUAAAAAUUCUCCCAAAAACACGUAAAUUUCAACUUUAACAUUUCUGUGCAAAUUUCAUGGAUACGUUUGUUGAUCCAUUUUUUUCACACAACUAAUAUAUAUAUAUAUACAUUUUUUGUUUGUCCGGAAUAUACUAUGAUAACACAAUAUUACAAAACAACAAGCGCUUCGGUUGCGUUAGUCAAUUGACUCGAUUAUCCUACAACGUUUUCAUCGUCGAAUAACAUAAUAUAACGGCGCUUAAUUUUA